AAUGCCUUCGACGCGAUCACCCUACGCAUCCGUCCUCGCGCGUCGGGCGCGCGGUGCCCUACGUGUCCGCCUCCGGUUGCCGCUCGCUGGGCUGGUGGGCUCCCACGCGGUCGCGGUGACAGUGAGAGAGAGGCGCAAAAUGAUAUUCCCCAAUGCCCUCGAUAGUAAGUGGGACCCUCUUUUUCCUCAACCAGAUUCCCGCACAACAUAUGGCGGAGCCUUGGGGUUUCCUCUGCUUCCUUCCCCCUUUCGCCAUCUCCUCUCUAGCUCACCACCGCCAUCAGGGAUGACCGCGGAGGGGGCUGGGCUCUAUUGCGCGAGCGAUCUGGAUUGUAAAGUUGCAGCCUUUACGGUAGCAAUCGGGUUCCCUCGUGAUUCCUCCACUCGAAGGAAGUUCGCCGGGUGGGUGCUUCUUUCGCUGACUGCAGGUAGCUGCUCUGAUCUCCUAAUCCUGAUUCUUCUAAUCUGCCCAGAUCGGCGCGGGUUUUCAGGAAUUUUGCUUCUGCUUACAACACAAGCAGCGUCAGUGUCGAGACAAGGAAGGAAUCCCCGGCGAUGACCCUUCGAUGCUCUAUUUUUAAUGUUUGGAUUGAAUAAGGUUUGAAAAUAAGGAAAUGGAAUGAUAGUAAAAAAUAGUAAUUGGAUUAUAAGUUUGGAAAUGAU